UAAAUUUGGUAACACCCGGUAGCACUUCUGGUUCAGGCUUCGUUCGGUCAACAUCCAGGCACACUAGAUAGAACACUAUGGCAGACCUCAGCGCAAAGGAUGUCGAAAAGGCUGAAUUCGCCUUCUCCAUUUACGAUGCUGAUGGCACCAACGUCAUCGAUGCCGUUGACCUUGGAGAGGUUCUCCGGGCCCUCAACCUGAAUCCCACAAACGCUACCAUUGAGAAGCUCGGCGGAACGAAAAAGAAGGGCGAGAAAAUGAUGAAAAUCGAUGAGUUCUUGCCAAUCUACAGUCAGUGCAAAAAGGACAAGGAACAGGGAUGCUACGAAGAUUUCCUCGAGUGUUUGAAACUCUAUGACAAAGCAGAGAAUGGAACCAUGUUGGCUGCGGAACUUUCGCACACGUUGCUCGCCCUUGGUGAGAAAUUGACCGACGCCGAGGUAGAAGUCGUAUUGAAGGAUUGCAUGGACCCAGAGGACGAGGACGGUUUCAUCCCCUAUGCCCCGUUCUUGAAGAAGAUGAUGGUGCCAUUGUAAGCAAAACCGGAAGUCAAUGUCACAAAGGUCGCCGUUCCGUUCCUUCGUAAACUGUGCGACAGAGCGGGGGGAGAUGAGUGACAUCGCGGUCGCUGUGCUGCCCGGCAUCAUCCGUUGGCAAAGUCCACGUCAACGAGGGACACGUCUGUUCGUUCUAAUCAUCUCACCACUCAUCCCCUGUUAAAAAUCAUCAAACGCGCCCGAGCAUAAAUACAUUUCAUAUCGCAGCGUCAAAGUAAUGAAACAACAUUCUGAGCCAACGUCAGCAUCAUCAUCGAGACCUUCGACAGAGAUCAAUGUAAAAUUUCGAUAAUCAAAGACAGAAUGGAAUCCGGUGUACGUAAAAAAUCAAUGUAUGAACUGUUCAGGGAACGCAUAGAGAACUAUCGUUCCCUGAUUUGCUAUACUGUACUGUUGUAAGGCUAAAUAUAUUUUUAAUGAGAAUAAUGUACGACAUCGUAUGAAUACCUUCAUGUACAUGCCCAUACGUUAAUAUUGUACAGAGUCGAAUGGAAAGAUUACUGUUAUUUUACUUCUUACCGUUAAUUAAAUAAAUUACGCCCCUCGUGCUUGAGGAGUGCCAAAAAUUUA